AUGAGCGGUUUCCUCGCUGUGGCCGGCAAGAUUGUCACGCUCCUGCUGUGGGUGCUCUUUCUGAUCCUGCAGACAGCCACCAAGGUUGUCGGGGGCCUCCUGCAGGUUGCACCGCCAGCCGAGCCACAAGAAGAGCCGCAACCAGAAGCAGCACCACGACCCAGAUCGCCGCCGGCUGCGAGGAACAGCGCCGGCGGCGGCCCCGCGGACCCAUACGAUCCGCGGUCACAGCCGUGGGACCCACCACCGCCCCCCCACACCGCUCCGGUGACGGAUGAGUAUCACUCGUCCUCGAUCUACCGGCGGCGGGUGAGCGCCCCGCAGGCUGCUGAGGAUUUGGUGGUUUCCUCCAGCAGUUACUCUCGUUCGGCCGUGGCAGCAGUGCCAGCCUCUCCGGCUCAUGCCGUCCCAGCGCCACCAGUGUCGCGGACAAUUAAGACACCGGCAGUUGCCAGUAAGCGGCCCAAGCUGGAGAGGAAGUACUCCAAGAUCGUGGACCAGUACCGCUCCUUGGAUGAGGUUAUUGAAGCAUUAGCGCAAGCUGGCCUCGAAUCUUCCAAUUUAAUCAUUGGAAUUGAUUUCACGAAAAGUAAUGAAUGGACAGGAAAGAGGUCAUUCAGUGGUGUGAGCCUGCAUCAUAUUGGUGAUGCCCCCAAUCCUUACGAGCAGGCAAUCUCCAUCAUUGGACAAACACUGUCAGCUUUUGAUGAGGAUAACUUAAUUCCGUGCUAUGGUUUUGGAGAUGCAUCUACACAUGACCAAGAUGUAUUUGCCUUCAAUCCUGACGAAAGACCAUGCUAUGGGUUUCAGGAGGCUUUGGCUCGAUAUAGACAAAUCGUUCCUCAUCUUCGUCUUUCCGGUCCUACAUCAUUUUCUCCAAUAAUUGAAAUGGCCACAACCAUUGUUGAGCAAAGCGGUGGCCAAUACCAUGUUUUAGUAAUAAUCGCCGAUGGACAAGUCACACGAAGUGUUAACACUAAAUUUGGUCAAUUAAGUACCCAAGAGCAGAUGACUGUAGAUGCUAUUGUGCAAGCCAGUGAAUUUCCUUUGUCUAUAAUUCUGGUCGGAGUUGGAGAUGGUCCUUGGGACAUGAUGAAUGAAUUUGAUGACAACAUUCCUGCUAGAUCUUUUGACAAUUUCCAGUUUGUCAACUUCACUGGAAUCAUGUCAAAAAAGAUCAGUCAAAGCAUCAAGGAGACAGAGUUUGCCCUUUCAGCACUCAUGGAAAUACCUUUGCAGUACAAAGCAACAUUACAGCUUGGAAUACUGGGGCGUCGACUUGCAAAGUCUCCAGAGCGAGUUCCACUUCCUCCUCCUUUUGCAAGUUAUAAUACCACCUCAAGAGCAGCACCAUCUUGGGAAAAUAACUUCCGAAGUGUGCCUUCUAAUCUUAGGGAGGAGGCAACUUUAGAUUCAACAAUCACACCGUCAGUUACACCCCCACCAGCUGCAGAUGCUAGAGCAUCAGAACUCCAAGUUCUGCCUCCGAGGAGUACCGUGAUUACCCUAACGAAGAACCGUAUCCGUGCAUCGAACCAUCAGUUCUGCCCAGUUUGCCUUGCCAAACCCCGGGACAUGGCAUUUGGUUGUGGUCAUCAGACUUGUUCAGGGUGUGGACCGCAGGUCGCGGAUUGCCCCAUCUGUCGAAGGCCAAUUGAUACAAGAGUAAAACUAUACUAA